AUGUCCACAUCCUUUUGGAAACCCGGCUCCGCUCGCCCAGGAAGCUCCCUCGACCGCUCCUCCGAAGCCUCUUCCCCCCUCAUCACCUCCUCUUCCUCUCCCAACACCCUCCCCAUCCACUCAUCCCGUCUCGCCAUCCUACACGCCCUUUCUUCAAAUCCCAUUCUCAUCCUCUCCGCCCCCACCGGCUCCGGCAAAACCACCCAACUACCGCUCAUCCUCCACACCGACGGCUACCCUUCCAUCAUAGCUUGCACACAACCACGUCGUCUAACCGCCAUAUCCUCCGCCUCCCGCGUCUCCUCCCUCCUCUCCUCCCCGCUCGGCUCUACCGUCGGCUACACCAUCCGCUUUGAAACAAACACCUCGUCCGAAACCAGCAUCAUCUACAUGACCCCGGGUACCUUGCUUCGCGAAUGCAUCCGGGACCCGCUGCUGACGCGGUACAGCGUGGUGGUCGUGGACGAGGCGCACGACAGGGGCGUGGAGAGCGACGUGCUGUUGGGCGUGUUGAAGAAGGUGGUGAGGAAGAGGAAGGAUUUGAGAGUGGUAGUGAGCAGUGCGACGAUGGAGGUGGAGGCGUUCAGGGAUUUCUUUGAGGAGGAUGGGGUGACGGUGCUGCAGAUCGCGGGGGGUAAGAAGUUUGAUGUGGAAGUGGCGUACCUCAAAGAGCCGUGUGAGGAUUAUGUCAGGGAAACGGUGGAGACGAUAUGGCGGAUACAUACGGAUGAACCUCAAGGCGACAUCCUGGCCUUCCUCACCGGAAGAGACGAGAUCGAUUCGGCACUCCAACAGCUUUCAGAUCGACAACUCGACCUACCGGCAUCAGCUGCUCGUCUACACCUCCUGCCGCUCCACUCCGGCCUAUCCACCGAAGAUCAAACCGCUAUCUUCCCUCUGCCCCCGAGCAGAGCGAUGCGCAAAGUCGUGGUAGCCACCAACAUCGCCGAAGCGAGCAUCACCCUCGACGGCAUCGUCUACGUCGUCGACUGCGGUCUCGUCAAGACGCGCAACAGCGGUGAGGUGGUGGACGACGUGAGGGUGGAAGCGAUCAGCCGGGCGAGUGCGAUCCAGCGUGCGGGGAGGGCGGGACGUACACGACCGGGGAAAUGCUUUCGACUCUACACGGAAGAGGUUUUCUUGAAGGAGAUGAGGCGGAGCAGUAUCCCGGAGGUGCAGCGGACGGAUCUAUCGUCGACGAUCCUGCUGCUGAAAUCGUUGGGGAUAGACAACCUGGUCAAAUUUCCGUGGGUUCCGCCCGCACCCACCGCCAAGAAUCUAGCUUCGGCGUUGGAAAAGCUGCACACCUUGAAAGCGAUCGACGACCACACACGACUCACCACCACGGGCAUGUGGAUGUCCGAACUGCCGCUCCCCCCACACCUAGCACGCAUCCUCCUCUCCUCCGCCACCGAACCCUUCCUGUGCUGCUCCGAGAUCCUUUCCAUCCUAUGCAUGCUCUCCGUCACCUCUGCGUUCUUCGCUCCCGAAUCUGCGGAAACCCAACUCAGCAAACGAUCCUUCUCCGCGCAAGAGGGUGAUUUCUUGACACUGCUCAAUGUCUUCCUCGCUUUCUCGCGAAAUGGUCGGAGCAGGAAAUGGUGCAAUCUCCACAGACUAAACUUUUCCGUGUUGAGUCGAGCUGUAUCCAUCCGAGGUCAGCUGGAACGCUACCUCGAGCGAUUCUCCUCUUCCGCCGAAGGGUAUCAUCUGCAACCCAAAUCUUCAGCGCUCAGAACACCCGAUGCAGUAGAACGAAUUCACAAAUGCCUCCUUACAGGUCUAUACCCCAACCUCGCCCGCUACAACCCCUCCACCCUGUCCUACACCCUAUCCGCUUCCAAUCAGCUCGUUCACGUUCAUCCGACAAGCACGUUCUUCAACCGUCAACCUCCGCACGGGAAACGCUGGAUCGUGUUUGCAGAAGCAACCCGAGCACGCGAGGACAAGGUGUACAUCCGCGAUCUGUGCGUACUCGACGAUCUGGAUUGGUUGAUCAGCGCUGUGCCGGGGGUGUACAAGGUCGAGACGAGGUGGGGUGGAACGGGGGGCAAAGGAUCGAUCGUACACACCAGCGGUGAGGGAGAUGAUAUGUAG